AUUAGGAUGUAAUAUUUGAUACCAGAACAAUAAUUCGUUACAAUAAGAUCAACAUGUUCUUCAAAGUCGCGAUUUCAAAGUCAAACUCUUGUACCAGUAAUAGGUUCCAAAGUGACAUUCAGAACAUUAUGUGCGUCUCGCCAGGUAGCAAUCACAUAUGUCAUCGACAUAAUAAUCUCACUUACAAACGAGAACUUGAAAAAAAAACAUGUCCUGGGAACAGCAAUUUCAUGAAAAUGAGUUGUGCAAUUAUUUCGGAUUCGAACCGUGUCUAAUGACACCGAAAAAAGGAGCAAUGUAAUACUUUUCCAAGCAAGCGUAACACGACCGGGAGAAAAAAGAAGAAAGGAUGCUGUUCUUACAAAAACCACAGCGCGACGUUUGUAAAAGAGCAGUUGGCGAUAUGUCUUUUCAGUUCGUGGCCGCAGGCUUGCUAGUGUCUAUUCUGUUCUCGGUCAUGUGUUUCCGCUGCAGUAAACGCUAUCGCCUCCUGAGGAAGAUCCCCGGACCCAGAGGUCUGCCGGUCUUGGGGAACAUCGCGGAGGUUUUCACGGUCAGCCGCCGCUUGCUGGAACGUGGCAAGGAGAUUCGGCAGGCACACGGACCCACAUUCAUCAUGUGGCUCGGACCUUGCCCCAUCGUGUUCGUGUGCGACCCCAGAGAUCUCGAAGUGGUGCUGAACAAGAGCGCCACCCUCUCAAAACCUCGGCCCUACAAGAGCUUGGAGCUGCUCCUCGGCUACAGCCUGAUAACUGCCAACAGGAGCGACUGGAAGAGGUACCACAGGAUCAUAACCCCAGCUUUUGGACUCCCGACUUUGAAUAGCUUCAUCCCGGCCUUCAGCAGGAAGAGCAAGAUCCUGGUGGAAGCUCUGCGGGCCCACGGAGACGGUCAGUCAUUCGACAUGCUGGGCUUUAUGAUGAUGUGCACUCUCGACAUCGUGACAGAGACCAGCCUGGGAACGGACAUGAAUGUGCUGGAGGACAAGAGAGUCGACCUGGUGGAAGGCCUGAGGGUCGCAGAAGACGUGAUCUACCACGCAGCGAUCCAACCGUGGUGCUGGAUACCUGCCCUGAUGAAAAUGACAAAAUCUUACAAAGCAAUGGCAGAUGGCGUCAAAGUCCUUUGGGAUUACACGAACGAGAUCAUCGCCCAAAAGUUGGAACACUUCGAGGAUGCGAACGACCGUCGAAUGUUUGAACAAUCUCGGGGAGACUUCGUCGAACCCGCUGAUGAAGAAAAGAAACGUCCGGGAUUCUUGGAACACGUGAUCUCCUGCAUGAAGGCCGAGAAGAUUUCGCUCAAGAAAAUCGAGCUAAGAGAUAACACCAUGACGGUCAUUGUGGGUGGAAUGGGCACCGGAAGCAUAGCAAUGUCGAUCGCCCUGAUGCUGAUGGGUUUGCAUCAGGACGUGCAAUCCAAGGUCGUGGACGAGCUGGAAACGAUAUUCGAAGAAGAUACCGAAAGAGAGGUCACGUACGAAGAUCUCAACCGCAUGGUCUACCUCGAGCAAGUGAUCAAAGAGACCUUGAGGCUGUACCCACCUUUGCCCGUCGUCGGCAGAGUGGUCGAAGAGGAGGUGCGAAUCACAGGGUACACUCUGCCGGUGGGCACUAUGGUCGGCAUUCCGAUUUUCUUCACGCAUCGAGACCCGGGAAUUUUCCCUGACCCCGAGAAGUUUGAUCCCGACCGCUUCAGUCCGGAGAACAGUGCCCGACGACACCCGUACAGCUUCGUGCCUUUCCUGGGCGGUCGUCGUAUGUGCAUCGGCAAGAAGUACGCCUACAUGCAGAUGAAGACGAUCCUCUCCACCGUCCUCCGUAGCUACCGGGUUCUUCCGUGUGCCCGCCGAGAAGAAAUGGAGAAACUGCAGUUCAAAAUGACUCUUAACCUGGUCAAUGGCUACGAUGUGAAACUUAUUUCUAGAAAACGAUAGGACCUGCAUUGUGAAAGUGAAAUUUAUCCUUUGGGUAACUACAAUACACUUGAAAACAAUUUUAUCCUCUUAUCAAAUGGACACAAUUUUUAAAUCUCAUAAUUGUAUCAAUGAUUUCAGAAUUUUACAUAGGCCCUAUAUAAUAUGUAUCAAAUUAAUAUCAUAACUGUGGAUAGAGGUACAGGGUGAGUAUAAACAUAAAUUUCAAUUAA